AUGUCGUCUCCCGGCAUGGGCACCCCCAGUGACCCGCUGCUGGCCAGUCCAGGGGGGAGGCUGCCCUCGGCUCAGGACGGAGCGUGGAGGUGCUCGCUCCCCAAGACCGCCAGCUUCCCCAGUUCCACCACACGCCACCUCAGCCACCGCGCCAACAACUUCCAAAGACAACCCAAGCGGCGCAAGCUGAUCCGGCCAUCGCCACCUCCUCCGCCCAACACGCCCUGCCCCCUGGACCAGCUGGACCUCAGGGACCUACCCCCGCGCCGCACCUUCCAGGAGCUGCUCUUCAAUGGCUGCGUCCUGUUCGGGAUUGAGUUCAGCUACGCCAUGGAGACAGCCUACGUGACGCCUGUGCUGCUGCAGAUGGGGCUGCCCGACCAGUUCUACAGCCUGGUGUGGUUCAUCAGCCCCAUCCUAGGGUUUCUGGUUCAGCCGCUCAUCGGAGCCUGGAGCGAUCGCUGUACAUCUCGAUUUGGGAGAAGAAGACCUUUCAUUUUUGCUCUUGCCAUAGGGGCGCUGGUGGGCCUCACGCUGGUGCUGAACGGCCGGGACAUCGGGGCUCUCGUGGCCGACACGGCGCUGGAUCACAAGUGGGGAAUCAUCCUGACCAUCUGUGGUGUGGUGCUCAUGGACUUCAGCGCUGACUCCGCCGAUAACCCCAGCCACGCCUACAUGAUGGACGUGUGCAGCCCGGAAGACCAGGACCGAGGCCUGAACAUACACGCACUACUGGCAGGUCUUGGCGGUGGAUUCGGUUACAUCGUGGGCGGGAUCAACUGGGACCAGACGCAGUUCGGGAAGUCGAUGGGUGGUCAGCUGCGCGUCAUCUAUCUUUUCACUAGCAUCACCCUCGUCUUCGCCACCUCCAUGACUCUCUUUAGCAUACCAGAGCGCCCACUACCAAAGACCCAAGCCAACAAAACCUCCAGCAAAAGCCACAUAAAAAGCCCCAGCCUCCCUCUACCGCUCUCUCCCCCGGUUCCGCCCGGAUACGACGAAGACGAGGGGGAAGGCCUGUACAGCUACAACUUCGCCAACUCGCACAAUUCGGAUCCAAUGGCGCACAGCUGCAGCGCCAAUGCCCGGCUGUGCGCUGGUCUCACUAGCCCCAUUUCGCCCAUGAGUCCGCUCACGCCCAAAUAUGGAAGCUUCAUCAGCAGAGACGGCUCCAUGACGGGAAUAAACGAAUUUGCCUCGUCUUUGGGCACGUCUUACAUUGACAGAGUGUUGAUAGACUGCUACACCGGACAGCCCACGCCCCAAAACCCGGACGCGGCUGGGUUCGACGCUCUCCAGGGCGGCGCCGUCCAGUCCGCAGAUGAGGCAUGUGUAGCCGGGCAGGAGGCCGGAGAGAAUGUCGUUGUUUUGGCGGACGAAGCGAUGCAGUGCGAUGGCGCGGUGGUGGUUUGCGAUGAGACAAUGCGACAGAAUGGGGCAGGGGGCCACAGAGGGUCCAUUCUCAAGAGACCCCAGAGUCUGGCGCUGAUAGAAGAGCCGUGCGCCACUCAGAGCGUGGGGCUGGAGAACGGACGGAGGAGGACUGUCACCUUCAGCCAACAGGUUGCCAAUAUCUUGCUGAAUGGAGUGCGAUAUGAAAGUGACCUCAGUGAGAAUGUGGAGACGGGAGAAUCCCAAAUGUCCAUAAAGCUGCUGUGUAUAGCCAUCUACCGAAUGCCUCCUUCUCUGCGGAGUCUAUGCACUAAUCAUUUUUUGGGCUGGCUGUCUUUCGAGGGCAUGCUGCUGUUCUACACUGACUUCAUGGGGGAGGUGGUGUUCGAGGGAGACCCCAAAGCUCCCCACGACUCUGAGGAGUACCAGCGAUACAACGCUGGAGUCAAUAUGGGCUGCUGGGGCAUGUGCAUCUAUGCAUUCAGUGCUGCUUUCUACUCAGCCAUAUUGGAGAAGCUGGAGGAGCGGUUUUCUCUGCGCACACUGUACUUCUUCGCUUACCUGGCGUUUGGUUUGGGCACCGGUCUGGCCACUCUCUCCAACAACCUGUAUGUGGUGCUGUCCCUGUGCGUCACCUACGGAGUGCUGUUCUCCUCUCUAUGCACGCUGCCUUACUCCCUGCUCUGCGACUACUACCAAAGCCCACAGUUCUGCGGCUCGUCGGAGGAGGGCACCAGGCGUGGGAUGGGCGUGGACAUCUCUCUGCUGAGCUGCCAGUACUUCCUGGCUCAGAUCCUGGUGUCAGUGGCCAUGGGGCCCCUGACCUCGCUGGUGGGCGGGGCUCAGGGCGUCAUGUACUUUUCCAGCCUGAUGUCCUUCGUGGGCUGCGCGUACUCGUCGCUGUGCGUGGUGUACCAGCUGCCCCCCCCUGAGGGUGAGCCCCCCGACAGCGAGACCCGGCCACUGCUGGUGCACACGUAG